UCUUUGAUUUUGAUUUUUGAAUCAAGAUUUUGUUGUUUCUCUCUAUGUGUUCUGUCUUCUUUUGUUUAGGCUCCACUACUUUAAUUGGUGGCCUAUUUUUAAUCUAGGUGCUGUUGUAAGUUGUAACAGCUUGUAACAGCUACAUUUAUCUUCUUCUACUUCCAGUUCAAAAUUCUUCUCACUUUCUUUCAUAAAAACCCCAAAAUUUCCUUUUGGAAGAUGGUCAACAUUUGAGAUUUGGGGUGUUUCUUGAUUUACAUUUCUUGCUAAAUUUUGAUCAAAGUUUCUAUCUUUUUGAGAAAAAGACCUUCAGCUUGAGAGGGGUUUGGAAGGAACUUAGAUCAAGCUAUUUUUGGUUCCAAUUUGAGGGAAAAGGGUGCUACAGAUUGUUUCUGAGUCUUAAAGUUCUUCUCAGCGAGGUAAGGAGUCUGAUUCCUUCAGCUGUACUUCAUAUGAUGGUGGAUAAUAGUGGCAACUUGUCGGUUGAAGAGUGGCUCUCGCGUGCACAAGAAUUUGUGCCUGUUGCACUUGAGAAGGCAAGAGAGGUUAAAGGAUUCCCCGGUAGAUGGAGGAUGAUUAUCUCAAAAUUGGAACAGAUCCCGAAUCGACUGUCUGAUUUAUCUAGCCAUCCUUUCUUCUCAAAGAAUGCUCUUUGUAAGGAGCAAUUGCAGACGGUAUCAAAGACGUUAAAUGAAGCUGUUGAAUUGGCAGAGAAGUGCAUGAAAGAGAAGUAUGAGGGAAAACUUCGGAUGCAAAGUGAUUUAGAUGCAUUGUCAGGGAGAUUGGAUUUGAACUUGCGUGAUUGUGGGCUCUUAAUCAAGUCUGGAGUGCUUGGUGAGGUUACUUUGCCGUCAUCUGUUGCAAGCACAUCUGCGGCACCUGAGGUAGCAGUACAUGGAAAUUUACGAGAAUUGCUUGCUCGGCUUCAGAUUGGACACUUGGAGGCUAAACAUAAGGCCCUUGAUAACCUUCUUGAAGUCAUGAAAGAAGAUGAGAAAAAUGUUUUGGCUGUCCUUGGUCGAAGCAAUAUUGCAGCUUUAGUCCAAUUGUUAACUGCUACUUCUCCUCGAAUGAGGGAGAAGACAGUAACUGUAAUUUGCUCACUUGCAGAAUCUGGGAGUUGUGAGAAUUGGCUGGUUUCAGAAGGUGUUCUCCCUCCACUUAUACGUCUUGUUGAAUCUGGUACAACUGUGAGCAAAGAGAAGGCCACCAUUUCUCUCCAGAGAUUGUCUAUGACAGCAGAAACAGCUCGUUCUAUUGUUGGACAUGGUGGGAUUAGGCCUCUAAUCGAGAUCUGCCAAACUGGUGAUUCUGUUUCUCAGGCAGCUGCUGCUUGUACCCUGAAAAAUAUAUCUGCUGUUCCAGAAGUUCGACAAGCUCUAGCUGAAGAAGGUAUCAUAAAAGUUAUGAUGAAUCUCCUAGAUUGUGGAAUACUGUUGGGAUCGAAAGAGUAUGCAGCUGAAUGCUUGCAAAAUCUAACUUCUGGGAAUGAUGAUCUCCGAAGAUCAGUUGUGUCAGAGGGUGGAAUCAGAAGCCUGUUAGCAUACUUGGAUGGUCCAUUGCCCCAAGAAUCAGCUGUAGGGGCCUUGAGAAAUUUGGUUGGGUCUGUGUCAACAGACAUUUUAAUCUCGCUUGGUCUCCUUCCAAGGUUGGUCCAUGUCCUCAAGUCAGGAUCGCUUGGUGCACAACAGGCUGCAGCAUCAGCAGUGUGUCGAAUUUGCGCCUCAACUGAGAUGAAGAGACUUUUGGGUGAAGCUGGAUGCAUUCCUCUCCUUAUUAAGAUGCUGGAGGCUAAAGCAAAUGGGGUGAAGGAGGUCGCUGCUCAAGCGAUUGCUAGCCUAAUGUCCUUUGCACAUAAUUGCAGGGAAGUCAAGAGAGACGAUAAAAGCGUGCCAAAUUUGGUUCAGCUGCUUGAUCCAGCUCCUCAAAAUACUGCUAAGAAGUAUGCUGUUGCUUGCCUUUCCUUGCUUUCCUCGAGCAAGAAAUGCAAGAAGCUGAUGAUUUCCUAUGGAGCAAUUGGCUAUCUGAAGAAGCUUAACGAGAUGGAUAUUCCAGGUGCAAAGAAGCUACUCGAACGCUUGGAAAGAGGUAAAUUGAGAAGCUUGUUUAGCAGAAAAUAGGUAGGCCAAAUAUUCAAUGUCCUUCCUUGUAGUUUGUACAAUGAAAUCUUACUCAUAAUCCAAUCUAUGAUCAUAAAAUCAUAUGUAGCUCAAGGGGGGGAAUUUAGUAGGUCAUAUAAGCCUGUUGUUCUAUGCAGGUCAAGGGUUUAAAUAAAACCUCCUGACCAUUAGUAAUAACUUCUCUCAACUUCUAUUUAUCAAUUUCUUAUCAACUAAAAACAAGAUGGUUAUGUUGUCAUCCUAUUACUUCUCUUUUGUUUUGUUCAUCUCUUGAAUGUUUUCGGAGAUCUUUAUACAAAAAAAUCAUGCAAUUGAGAAUUGGUGGUGAGAAGCUCAUCGGUAUCAGCUCCUUCACCGACUACUCUACUAUGUCAUUUACAUUUAUGAGAUUGGCAUCUGGCAGGUCUUUUGAUACCACCAAGGUGAGUUGCUCGCUUCUUGUUUCAGGGAAACCUGUUUCAAAUUGAAAUCAAGACAAAAUGCAUCACUUUUUGGUUCUUAGAAUGGAGAGGAGAGGAGUUUAGUACCAGCUCCUGACUAAGUUUAGAGGCAAAUCUACAUUCAAACCUCUCUAAAACAACAUCGUUUAUCUAUAUAUUUUUUGAUUGCUAUAUAGCAAAAUGUUGUUAUAGAGAAAAUAUAAUGUAACAUAACAUGAAAAAUUGGUUCCAAAAUAUAAACUUGUACUAAGUUAAUGAAAUUGGGAUAUGGAUGGGAUAUAAUGAAAUAGAGUCACUUUGAGGUUCUCUCUGA